GUGGUAGAGCGCGUCACUAGUAAUGACGAGGUCGUCAGUUCAAUUCUGGCGGAAGGCAAUUGAAACGAUUUUUUUGGGAUGGUCAUUUCCGGGUAAUGGCCGAUAGGAGCGCCUUUCUUUUUGUUUUUGCCAUCACAGGGAACCCUUCCUCUAUCGAGCUUCAAGACCUCUCAGAAAGAUGUUCUUCUAUUUCAGACUUGCGCCCAAAUCUUUCGCGUUGUUCUGCAGCCAUCGAGAUCCAAAUUUCAAGGGAGGACUAGGACAAGUCUCUACGCUUCACCAAUAUCAAGUUUGUGCAGAACAGCUUUUGUUCACAUGCCUCAACUUGACCGCCGAUAGUCCCUCGUAUGGCAACUCGAGAGAUUGGUUUAGUUGGAACUAUAUCAAAUUCUCCAACGGGUAUGCCUCAUCAAGUCCAUUGCACAACCUGAAAGGUGCGCAUACAAAAUUUGAUUUAUGUCGCACGUGCAGUUCGUGAAAAGACAUAUCUUGCCAACUUUGAAAGUAGGGGGUCGGUUUCAUAUACAACUUGUAUAAUCACAACCCAUCUCUCCGUCAUUGUUUGCUCAACU